AUCAUGAUCAACUGCUUCUCAGCUAGGGUGGGCUGAACUCCAGCGCACGGCAUCGCAACCACACCACACCACACACCGAGCGAUGCUGUCGAGGCUAGUCCAGCAGAGAGCGCAAGCCCAGGCUGCCCUGCUGCGGCGGAGGAUAGGAUCCGCAGCGCGGGCCACGGCGGAAACGCCAGCGGCAGGGCAACUACGACAACCUCAGAUCCCGCGACAGCACCAACGACGCACCCUCGUCUCGGCGCCCAAGCCCGGCAGCGGCCCGCUGAUGGAGCGCCGACCCGACCGCGAACUGCCCAGCCUCGAGAGAAUCACGUUCCGGUGGUCGCGCACGCUGCCGCUCUUCGCGGGCGUGAUCGCGCUGGCCUCGGUGGCCAUCUUCAACUACCAGAAGCUGUCGAGCCCCGUGGUGAGCGCGACGCUGUACGCGCUGCGGACGUCGGAGCGGGCGCGCGCGCACCUGGGCGACGAGAUCUACUUCGCGCGCCGGAUCCCCUGGAUCGGCGGCGAGCUGAACCAGGUGCGCGGGCGCAUCGACAUCCACUUCCGCGUCCGCGGCACGCGCGCCGCCGGCGUCAUGCGCUUCGCCAGCCGCCGGCCCAGCCCGCGCGGCCUGUUCGAGACCACCGAGUGGAGCCUCGUGACGGACGACGGGACCGUCAUCGACCUGCUGGAGGAUGGCGAUCCGUUCAGGGGCAUCGUGGGCGGGGCCGAGCUGGAUGAGGACGAGGUUGAGCCGAUGGCGGCGACGAGGGGGUUCAGGAAGUAAUUAAGCCGUGUGUGACUGACUUGUGUUCCUGCUUUUGGUUUUGGCCUGGGACGCGAGGAAAAUAAAAAAAGGAACUGAACUCUUA